AUGCAUCCUCUUCAAUGGGGUUUUCCUCGUGAGACUCGACAACUAUUGGAGUCUCAACAAUUGUCCAACGUGCAAGAUUUGAAUAAUCAAAUCAUGCAUGUUCAAGAGCAGUUGGAGGUUGCAAAGCAGCGCGGAAAAGUGAUAGCUCAAGCCUUACAAGCUGGACGGGAACAAAGGUGGUGGGAGAGAUCUAUGGAAAAUAUGACAUAUCCACAACUUGAGAUGGUAGGAGGAUCAUUGGAGAAUAUGAAGGCCCUGGUGGACCAAAAGAUAUUUGAAGCUUCUAAUGGGCAUGCUUCUAUUAGCUCCAUUAACAUCCCUCAAAGCACUCGAGGUGUUAUGGGUGGCCCUAGUCCAAGUUCAAUGGGACCUCAUCAAGCUAUGGGUGGGAGCGACAACUUUGGCGGUGGAUAUUAUUGA